UCCUGAAUCUCCAAGCUUCCCUCGAUUCGAACUGAUAAGACCGGAAGUACACGUACUAAGCCAAUCAGGUGAUUCUUCGUAGCGAAAAUGAGUUUCAAUCCCAUGAAAUGGAAAACGAGAACCAUCAUGCACAGUAUUAUAGGCGUUAUACUUUUUUACGUACUAUUUGUUUAUAAGAAGCAACACCAAGUGAUGUUUGAAGCCACCAUAAAUAACUCGAAUCCUAAACACAUAUGGGAAUUUGUAGCCGACUUUAGCAACAUGAAAAAAUUGAAUCCAACGAUAGAGGACUUUAAUGUGAUCGCGGAAAGUGGGAAUUACGAUCAUUGGCUAUAUUCUGUGCAAUACACGGAACAUUUAAGUCACCUACCGAUGAUCCGUAACAUAGCGCACGGGCAUUAUGCCGUCAAGCAAGAUAACAAUGGCUAUGUCAUCACUUCCACGCAUCGUACUUGCUUCUUCCUCAAUUUCAGUUGUUUGGUUUCUAUUUCGCAAUUCAGAUUUGAGUUGGAUGGUGUAAAGGAUACGAAGUGUAUGGAGACUGUGCAAUAUGAAUGCCCAAUUGUGUUUUCACCUCUGUGCUAUAGGGAAGUCAUGUAUCAGCGACAAGAAAUCAUGAAGAGACUCAAGUCGGAGUUCACCAUAGACCAUGAGUCGGAAAACUGAAAGAAUCAUUGCAGAAUACUAGACAUGCAGUUACUUAAGUUACAAAUUUUUUUUUUUUAUAAAGCAAUUAUACUAUUUCUUACUUUCUUUCCCUGAAAACGUUUUAAUAAUAAUUUUAAUAAAGUAUUCAUUUUCUUACUUAUUAA